AUGUCUCCCAAGUCUGCCCCCCGCUGCUCGGUCUCGGCCUUGGCCGUGGCCAUGAUGGUGAUGAACGCCUCUGCGGCGUCUGUUGACAUGGGACGCGUCGCGAACGGAGCGGACGCGGAGGAGAGGUACUCCGCUGUGGACAAGGCGAUCACGUGGGGCUACAACGGUGGCCGCGCGUUGCAGGCCGGCUGGUGCAGCGUGGUGUCGGACAGCGACACGUACUGCUGCGGGUUUGGCGCCCAGGCCUCGUGCAUAGCCCGCGGCCUGGACUACGACGGGCCCAGUACCCCUUGCGAGGUGCGGCUGGUCACUUCGGAUGACGGCACGACUACGUGCGAGGGACUCGAGGGAGAGAGCGGCAACCUCGAUGUCGACUGCGAUUGCGAAGACCUCACCUUGUUCACGGAGGCGCCCGCCACCGACGCCCCUUCCCCCACCCCGACCCCGACCGCCGCUGCCCCGACCGAGGAGGGCAUGACCGCGCCCCCCACCGAAGAGGGCGCGACCCAGCCCCCUACUGUGGAGGGUGCCACCCAACCUCCAACUGAGGAGGGCGCGACCCAACCCCCUACUGAGGAGGGUGCCACCCAACCUCCUACCGAGGAGGGCGCGACCCCGACCCCUACCGAGGAGGGCGCCACCGCGGCGCCUGUCGAUGCGGUGGUAUCGCCCUCCCCGACGCCCGGUAGCCGCGGCGGCAGCUUUACGAUGGCGCCGCUCGCGGAGGGGGAGACCAGGGCCCCGGCGAUGACCCCCAGCCCUAGCGAGAUGACCGAUGCGGCUACGCUUGCCCCUCUCGACGAGGGCAUGACCAGGGCUCCGAGCAUGACCCCCACCGAGGGAGCCGCCACGAUGGCUCCGCUCGCGGAGGGGGAGACCAUGGCCCCUGCGGCGACCAUGACCCCCGGGGAGACCAUGGCCCCUGGAGCGACCAUGGCCCCCGGAACGACCAUGGCGCCCGGAGCGACCAUGACCCCCGGAAUGACCAUGGCGCCCGGAGCGACCAUGACCCCCGGAGCGACCCUGGCCCCCGGAGCAACCCUUGCCCCCGGAGCGACCAUGACCCCCGGAGCAACCUCGGCCCCCGGAGCAACCUCGGCCCCCGGCGCGACCAUGACCCCCGAGGAGACCAUGGCCCCCGGAUCGACCAUGGCCCCCGGAGCGAUCAUUGUUCCCGGAACGACUAUGGCCCCCGGGGCGACCCCGGCGCCGACCAGCAGCAGCCGCGCCAUCAGCUUCACGGCCAGCCCCACCAGCACUACGUCCGCUGCGCCGACCUCCUCCACUGUGGCCCCGUCGGGCGCCCCCACCAUGAUGACCGCCACGCCUACCGCGUCCCCGACGAUGGACACGAGCUCCCCUAGCACGGCCCCGACCAUGAUGCCCACCGCUAUGCCGUCGGCGGGUUCCCGCGGCGGCCUCGACAUCUCUUCCGCCGCGCCCUCCACGGCCCCGACGGGCAUGCCGACCAGCCUCUUGGAGAGGACGAUCUCCCCAGAGUUGAUCGAGGAGGCCAGCGGGUCGUCCCGACCGUCGGCUUCCGUGUUCGCGGCGGUGACGUGCGUGCUUGCCGUGGCCGUCGCCCGCGUCUUGGCAUAAGCGGCUCUCCACCGCAAGCAUCGAUUGAUCGAGAGAAGGCGGGAACGAAAACUGGGAAAGGAACCAAAAGCUUUUUUGAUCGGCGAGCGUGUUGGAAGCAGAAAUGGUUGGUUGGCAUGUUACCCCC